AAUGGCAGACCCAAGAGGUUGUUCCAGUUCUUGACAUACCUAUAUCUGGGAUCAUGGAUUUGCUCAAAUUUACCCUGCAAACUUUAUUCAAAAAAUAAUAUUUGCCUCUUACGGUUUGAUUUAUUCACUGGUUGCAAUAAUGGCCAGCAAAAGGAAAUCUACAACACCUUGCAUGAUACCAGCAAAAAUAUUGGCACCACAGAAAUCCACUUCUGUUGGAGUAAAUCAUGAAGGAACUCAUCAAACAUUUGUUCCCAGUUCUCUGCCUAAUUGUGAUACCACUAUUAUUAAUCACGGUUGUGGGACCUUGUCCAAUGGAUACAAUGGAAUUAUAGACAACACUUCUUAUAGAUGUACAAGUUGCAAUUUCUCUAGUCAAGAAAUUAAUCAGUUCCUUAGUCACCUUGAUUCUGACCACAUAGACUUUAGUAAAGACCCUUCCUUUUUGUGUGUGAAAUGCAAUUUCUUGGUAAAGAGCCAUGAUGAUCUUUCUCAUCACAAUGCAGAGCACCAUGUUGGAGAAACAAACUUAAUCUGGAAUGUAGUGAAACAAGCUAACCACAUGAUUGUGGAACAGACUACUGGAAAUAUCACCAGUGGUAGUCAGGACCACUUGGGGGAUAUUCCUGAGGAAAAUCAGGAUAGUCAAGCUGAAAUUAUUAUUACCAAAACGCCCAUUAUGAAGAUAAUGAAAACAAAACCAGAAGUUAAAAAAAUUCACACACUGAAAGAAAAUAUAUCUGGUAAAUCAAUCAGGGAUGUAGAGACAAAAGGUGAGCUGUCAUUUACCAAUGGAUCAGUGCCGGUUAGCCAAUCUGUCAAAUCAACCUCUGUUGUCAAUGGGUCAGUAGUUGGAAAUGUACCUGUUUUACAAGCAGGCAUAACCCAACUUGUGCAACUGCAACAGCAAGCACAAGUUCACCAGCACCUGCCAACAUCAAAAUCCCUCCCUAAGGUAAUGAUUCCCUUGAGUAGUAUUCCAACUUACAAUGCAGCAAUGGAUUCUAACAGUUUUCUUAAAAACUCUUUUCAUAAGUUUCCUUACCCUACCAAAGCUGAACUUUGCUACUUGACUGUUGUGACCAAGUAUCCAGAGGAGCAGCUGAAAAUUUGGUUUACAGCCCAGAGGUUGAAACAGGGUAUUAGCUGGUCACCUGAGGAGAUAGAAGAUGCACGGAAAAAAAUGUUUAACACUGUGAUUCAGUCUGUUCCCCAAUCCACUAUUACAGUGUUGAAUACACCUUUAGUUGCAAGUCCUAGUAGUGUUCAUCAUCUCAUUCAGGCCAGUUUGCCUGGUCAUUCAGUUGGAAAGCCUGAAGGAGCAAGUGGUAUGCUGGUCACCCAACCAAUAAUAACUAAUGGACUUCAGGGAACAACUUCAUCUCAUGCAAUAGCUGUAAACUCCAUUCCAAAGACCCAGAUAGCUAAGCCUCCAACCACUGUGUCAGUUUCCAGUAUUGCAUCAACUGUGAAGGUAGGUAGUGCUGCUCAAUCACAAUUUUCUGCUUGCCCAAACAUCUCUUCACAAGCAUUCUUGGAUCCUAACUUAUUGAAAAAUAAGAAGUCUUAUGAACAGUUGUCUGCACUGAAAGAUAGUUUCUGUAAGAAUCAGUUCCCUGGCCAAACUGAAGUUGAGCGUCUGACAAAAAUGACAGGACUUAGCAUCAGGGAUGUUCGAAAGUGGUUUAGUGAUAGGAGGUAUCACUAUAGAAAUAUAAGAGGCAACAAAUAUGUGCUCGGUGGGGAUAGCACAAUAAUAAUAGACUCUGUACCCGAAAUUACCUUUACCACUUUGCCAAAAACAACCACAGAGUUAACUUCCACAUCAGCAGCAACACCUGUUCACACACCAGCACGUCGGCAAUCCUGGCACCAGACCCCUGAUUUCUCCACUGCAAAAUAUAAGGAGAGGGCCCCAGAACAACUCAGAGCUUUGGAAAGCAGCUUUGCACAAAAUCCCUUCCCUUUAGAGAAGGAAGUAGACCGUCUGAGAAGCGAAACUAAAAUGACAAGGAGAGAGAUUGACAGCUGGUUCUCAGAGCAAAGGAAAAGACAAGCGGACAAAAAAAGAAAACGACCAGCGGACGAGGAUGCUGAGGAAGAGUCCAUAGAAGAGGAGGAGGAUUUGGAUGACUUCAGAGCGUCAAGUGAAAAUGGUUCCCUGGAUGAAGCUGGGAGUUCUCAAAUACCAGGUGAACGUAAAGUGACCCCAAUAAAAAUCAACCUUAGAAACUUUAAGGUGACAGAAUCAGAAGGGAAAAGUGAGUUGGCAGCUUCGGGUGCCCAAGCAACAAGGGAGAAUUCUCCUAGCAGGGCACAGAAACCCAGGCUCAGCUUUAAAAAGACUGCUCAGCAGAGGCAUUUGCUUAAGCAAUUGUUUGUAAAGACACAACGUCCUACUAAUGAACAGUAUGACCAAAUAUGUUGUCAGACUGGACUUCCCAGGGUUGAAGUAAUUCGCUGGUUUGGAGACAGCCGCUAUGGUUUAAAAAAUGGAAAUCUGAGGUGGUAUGAAAACUACAAAAAAGGUAUUUUCCCCAAAGACCUAUCAAUUUCCAGCGAGGUCAGCCAGGAAGUCCUCCAAGACUAUUUUCAAAAGAACAAAGUUCUAUAUGAAGAUGAUCUCCAAGAUCUCUGUGAAAGAACUCAGAUGACCACCUCGCAGGUUAAAUUGUGGUUUGCUGAAAGGCUAGGGGAAGAAAGCAAAGGAUCUGAUGCAGGCAGUGAUAGUCAGUCCCCAAGUGUUGGUGAUCCAGCCAAUAGUCAAAAGGAAACUUACGAUACUUUUUCUGAAGUUUCUGAGAACAGUGAAUCUUGGGAACCUGGAGGUCAAGAUGGAAGCUCAGAAUUUGGAGAUACCGAAAGUCAUCUGCCUGCAAUACAUUCUGAAAUGGACUGAACCACCACUGCCUUCGCUUGAACAAUCGGCCAACUUUGCAAAAACCUAGCAGCUGUGGGUCACUCUGAAUCUUUGUUGAAGAUUGUAAUGCCAAGAUGUUCUUUACGUGAAGCACAAUUUGAAUUUGGAGGUCGCAGGGAAGACAUCAAUAGAGAAAACUGUAAGGUUCGGGUUGUGGGAAGUCUAGUAUUCUGUUUUAUGAUUUAGGAGAGUGUUCACCAGAUAUUUGCCUUCAGGCUUCAAUUAGUGGACACUGUCUUUUGAACUUCAUAUUCAUAUGGAACCAGCUUGUUAAUGCCAGCAACCAGCCUCUCUGCAUUGAAUCAUGCAUCUGAAAAAUUGUGUUAAACAUUCUUUUUUUAAUAGAAAUGAGCUAUCAUUUGUACAACAUAUUCUAAAUAUUUUCAGUGUUUGUUCUCUGAAUGCUCCAUCUUUGCAUUUACUGUAUUCUCUUUACAUUUUAAUCUCUAGAUUUUGCAGAUUUUGAAAGUACAGUAAAAACCUUGAUCUAACAGGCCUUUUGAGCAUAAACAGUGGCUGUUGAUAUCUGAAUUGAUGUAAUUUGUGAUGAUGGUUGGUACCUAAUUUGUCAUUUAGGUAAUCUGCGGUAUUGGAAAUGAUGUAAAUGCAAUCAUUUGCAGCAAAAUCGCCAUUCUGAAGGAUUGAAAUCACUUUCAAACUGAGAGCCAUUGAACUGAGAAUUUGCUAUACAGUUUGCAGUCUACAGUACUGGCCAAAA